AAAGUCUCUGUUAUCUGACCACAGAGAGAGAUUGUAGAACAAAAACACAAUGAAAGGCAAGCAACAGAACACUGUGAAUGUGAAGAUAAUCUUGAUCUGCUUUUUCUUCCUCUUCCUCUUCCUCUUCUUGGUGAUAAUGAGAUCAACAUUCCCAUAUCCCAAUUCACUCACAUCACUCAUCCCUAACUCCACCAUCAAUCAAGAACCACACUGUCCAAACAAAUGCACCAAAAUCCCAUCUUCUCUCUCAAAUGCGUUAGUCCACUAUGCAACCUCAAACACCACACCACAACAAACAUUGCAAGAAAUCUCAGUCUCCCUCAAAGUCCUCCAAAACAAAUCACCCUGCAAUUUCCUAGUCUUCGGAUUAGGCCAUGACAGCCUCAUGUGGACCUCUCUCAACCACGGUGGCCGCACCGUCUUCCUUGAGGAAGACGAGAGCUGGAUUAGACAUGUCAAGGAAGAGAUCCCAUCUCUUGAAUCCUACCAUGUUGUGUAUGACACCAAAAGGCAUCAGGCUGAUCAACUCCAUGAGAUUGGGAUGCAAGAGCACUGCAAAGAAGUGGGUGAUCCAAGAUUCUCCAAAUGCCAGCUUGCUCUUAAGAGCUUGCCUAGUUUGAUCUAUGAGACACAGUGGGAUUUGAUCAUGGUGGAUGCACCCACAGGAUACCAUGAUGGGGCACCCGGGAGGAUGGCCGCCAUCUACACGGCUGGAUUGAUGGCCAGGAACAGAGUAAAUGGUGACACUGAUGUGUUUGUGCAUGAUGUUGAUAGAGGGGUGGAGGAUAGAUUUUCUAAGUCCUUCUUGUGUCAGGGUUAUCUGGUUGAGCAGCAAGGGAGGAUCAGGCAUUUCAAUGUCCCAACUCAUAAAUCAAGUUUAGGAACCCCUUUUUGUCCCUCAGCUUGAAUGUGGAAAAUCAUUAUAUAGUUACUUCUGGUUCAUGAAUGAAUGGCUUCUUCUUCUUGUU